CUCAUAGUCUCAUAUUUCUACUGAUUCCAAAAUUAGAACUUGGAAUAAGCCAAAUAUGUACGGAUUGAACCGUCUCAAAUCGGCAAACCUCUCACCCGCUCGCUUCGCCGCCGCCGCCGCCGCCCCCUAUGCGAAACGGUUGCUCAGAUCCUCUCGCCAUUCUCUCGCAGCGACACCAGGAAUUGAUAAUUUUGCUAGCAUCGGCGAGGCGGGUAAGAUUAGUGACCGUCGCAACAACUAUGAGAGGAAAAUGCUGCCGCCGGCGCUCUCGAGGAUUGUGGCGACGCUCACGUGCGAGUCAUCUGCGGACGGCGGCUUCUGCGACGUUUACUUAGUCGGAGCCGACAAACACGCGGAAUCGCGGCGAGAAGUUCAGGCUGUGAUACAAUCCUUGAAGCCACAGGUUGUUUUCUUGGGGUUGUGCGCUAGUCGCGAUUAUGUCCUUACGUGUCAAAAAGUCGAGGUGCCAACCAUCAGAGAAAUGGUGGAUAUGUUGAAGAAAAAACAAAAUCCCUUUUGGAGACUCUACAAGUGGUACCUUGUUAGGAAUGAUAGUCAAUGUGAGGCCAGUGAUGUUUAUCGCGAGGCAUAUGAGGAGGCACUGGAAUAUGGUGGCAAGGUCGUACUUGGUGAUCGACCUCGUGAAAUUUCAUUUCAGAGAUAUUGGGCGAAGACAUCUCUUUGGGAAUUGUACGCCUUUCAUUUUAUAAAUUUAACUGUUCGACUCCCAGAAGAGCUCUUUGACAAGGCAAAGGAUGAUGGUGAAAUUGACAAUUUAAUAAUCCAAACGAUGAACAAGAAAUAUCCUGUUAUAACGGAAACCUUUUUCCAUGAGAGUGACCGAUAUAUGUCGACCAAGUUACUAGAAGUUGCACGCAAGCAUAACAUAGUGGUUGCUGUUGUGGGAAAGUACCCUAUCAGGAAUCCAGAAGCACUGGAAAGAACCUAUCGAGAUGAAGCAACUUCUUAAGGUACCAAUGUCAAGGAAUGCAAUCACGAUGGGCAUACUCAGCACGUAUCCGAUCUUCAUGAUUUUGAGGUGGUGGUUUGAAAAGAGUUGAUUGGCUGUAUCAUGAAGAUUCAUGCAAAUGAAAUGAAUAUUAAUAUUCUCACGAGCUGUUGUGAGCAUUUGAUUUCUUACGCAUUUCAUUUCAUGCAAAAUUUGCUGGUAACCUACUACUUCUGGAAUCAUAAAUUAGGUUUAUUAUAUCUUAUCUUCUCCUGAAUUUAUAAUAUUUUAUGGGAUUUGAAGUGGAGGACUCGAUUUGAAUUUAUGUUGUUUUAUUCUUAUUAUAAUUUUACUAUAUCUCA